CGACUAUUCGGCCUGGAUUAAACGAAGAAGCGGAUGUACUGACAUAACAGGAAAGAGCUAACAAAGCCAGCUAGGGAAAGCAGCCAAACAGAAAAAUCUGCUUAACCCGUCGAUUUUCUCCGUAGACACCCGGACAGUUAUACAGACCUCCUCGUUUUGACAAGUUCAUGUUCAUGCAGGAGGGCAGGCUGCUGUCAUGUUGACCGGGACGUGUGGAUUUGGAGGCUCUUCCUUCCUCCAGGCUGGUGAUGUCGGUGGGACUCGCUAGUUCCGCCUGAGCACUUCUCAGCUGCUGCUUCAUAAGUUGGCUGCUGUCGGACACUCAGCUCGGGGGAUGAUGAUGCACGGCGUCGCCCGGGACUCCUCACGUGGUACGGGGGAAGGGGGGGAUCUGGCGCGCACAUUAUCUAAAGAGACCCCCGGGUCUCCAGAUGCCUCUGAGUUGGGGAGCCCGCGGUGCACACCGAACUUUGACCUCCUCAACAUGGUUGUGUCCUAUAAGAGAAUGGCUCUGUUUCUAGAACCAGCUGGCGAUGCAGUGGAGCUGACCCGCUUCCUGCUCGGAUGGAAGAUGCCCCUGUGCUCAAUGUUUGUCUGCAUGUUCCUCAAUGUCUUCCUCUGCACUGUUAAUGAAGUGGGUUGGAUCACAGUGGGUGUGGUGGCGUUGGCGGCGCCGGCUGCCCUGGGUUACCUGCAGGACAGGUGUGGGGGCAGAGCCUCAGAUUCUGAGCUCCACAAGAGGCACUAUCACGCUGUGCACCGCAGGGACCUGCAGACGGUGCAUCUCACCAAACAGGAGGCCAUGCUGGAAGUCAAAGACCUGUUGAAGCACCUGGAUGACAUGCUGUCCUCUGCCUGCCUGUCAGCAGAAACCUUUUACAAGGUCCUGUACUGGGAUAAUCACACCAAGUCAUCAAGGUUCUAUGGAGCGAUGUUAAUACUGGCGUGCCUGCUCUAUAUCGCUCCGCUGGGCUGGGUGCUCGCUGGGCUCAACAGCGCCAUCUUCCUGUGGAACAGAGACUUCUACAGAGUUUUGUUGGACCUUAAGAAGCUGCUCCACAUGGGCCAGGCCUCCGAGGGAAAGUGUGAAGAAGCGGUACACUGCCACUUGUUGGACCAGACGCCCACACCAACUAGUCUGGAGGACCUGUCUCCUGGCAGUGUGGAGGAAGCUGAGGAGGCAGAGCCUGAUGAUGAAUUUAAGGAUGCCAUUGAGGAACAUUCAGUUACCCUGCAGGAAACCCCUCUGGUCUUAGUGGAGGAUGAUGAAGGGCCUCUUGGAGCUCCCGAGUAUGACACCAUCUCUGAAAAUGGUCUAUUGAGCCGCAACGAGCCAAUACGCAGCAAAGUGUCCAAACUGACGGAGAAACUGCGUAAACGUUACCCCACCACCUGCACAGGCAACUGUUCCAGCUGCAACGCCGUCUUCUCUGUGCUGAAGAAAAGGAGGAGCUGCAGUAACUGUGGGAACAGCUUCUGUUCCCGAUGCUGUUCCUUCAAGGUGCUGAGAUCUUGCAUGGGGGCAACAGGUGAGAAGGGAAAAUCUCCUGAGGCCCAGAGAGAGACGGUAUUUGUUUGUGCCGCCUGUAACUCCUCUCUCAUCAAGUUACAAUGAGUCAGUUUUGUCUCCAAGUGGCCAGCUGGAGUCUUUUCACUGUUCAUCCCCAGAGCCCUUCUCCAAGUUACUGAAACCUAAUGCCUUGGUUUUCAAGUUAAGGUACUCAUAUCUGUCAAGACCAAUUCCCCCCCCACACAUACACCCCUCGUCUGCUGCUCGUGUUGCUUAUGGGACUUCUACUGUAAUAUGUUAAAUAUUUCUUUAUUCUUCAACUCUCAAUGAAGAACUGGACCUUAUGAAUCAAUGAGACUUGCUACAGAGCACAAUGGCUCCACAAUCAAAUGACAUUUCCCUUUGCUGUGCAGAGGGAGGUGCAAAGCAUGCAGGGUGGAGGCCAGGGUCGGGCCGUGUCGGGUUAUAUAGAUGGUUUCGCUUUUACAUGCUUUGACUCGCCACAAAGUUACUUCCACUUGAAUGUUAAUAUCUUCAGCCCUGUGUAGCAGUUUAACUGUACUGUAAUGCUGGGGGGACGUUUCUCUACGAACAAGACUUAAGGCCAGAGUGAUGCAUGCGAUGUUGUGAGAAUUUGGUUUGUUUAGAUGAACAAAAUAAUGGACGGUCCGACUGAAAGAAGCUCCACAUGUGGUUGCUGUCCAACAAUACACUUUGACCUGCAGCUGCUCAACAAUGUCAUGUGAUUGGUUCUGGGUUUGUCUUUGAGGACAGCAUUUUUCCCACCCACCACCACUAGAGGAGCUUAGAAGACAUAAGGGAAAUAAUUAUGACAUGCCAUAAAACAAUGGGAAAUCUAUGGCAGUAAACUGAAAAUACAUGACCUGCAGCAAUGAAUCACAUUACAUUUUGGACAAGUUGCCAGUGACGAGGCUUUGUAAAAAUCGUGUUUAGCAGACCAGCUUGGUCUACUUGUAAUGAUCAAAUUUGUGCUUCAUUUUUGUCGACCUGUCAGAGUUUUGGGGUAUAGCAGCAUCCUAUAUGUCAGAAACACUGUCCAUGGACCCUGGGCUUUUCCUCUAACUGGAUCAAAUUCGACCCAACUGGAAUAAAGUGGAUUUAAAUGGACUGAGCAACCAGCUGCAAUCAUCCUCAGAGCCUCACACUCUUGCAAGCCGGACUUAAAAGAAUGGAGGUCGAGGCAUUAUAACCCAAAAUGUGGAUCUUGGUGGAAAAGUUGUUUUAAUCAUGAUUCAGACACGGACGAUUGUAAUAGUUUGCUUUGCUUUUAUUGUAAUCAGAUAAUACCUCUUACUAGACAUUGUUCUACUAUAUCUAAUAUAUAUUUAAUUUAAAGCUCCAGAAAGUGCAAGUUAUUCUUUGACCUAAUUAAGUCUGUAUAUUUGCCCUUAUUUUAUGGAUGAAAUAAUGCCAUUGUUGAAAUAAACUCUGAUGAUUUCAUGAACUUAG